AUGCCCGAACAGCUCAGUGUUGCCGAGUUCCUGGCCGUCGUUACCGAAGACCUCAGCUCUGCGACUGGGGCCGCCGCUUUUGCUGCUAAGAUGCCCCGGUGCCGGGGGGCGGCGCUGGCACGAGAAGAGAGUCUGGAAGGAGACCAAGCCAUCCUGCAGAGAAUAAAGAAGUCUGUGCGGGCGAUUCACAGCUCUGGCCUUGGCCACGUGGAGAGUGAGGAACAGUACCGGGAGGCUGUAGAAUCCUUGGGCAACAGCCACCUAUCCCAGAAUAGCCACGAGCUAUCCACAGGCUUCCUGAACUUGGCUGUGUUCACUCGUGAAGUGACUGCACUUUUCAAAAACCUGGUUCAGAACCUAAACAACAUUAUCUCUUUCCCACUGGACAGUCUGUUGAAGGGACAACUGAGGGAUGGGCGACAGGAAUCAAGAAAGCAUCUGGAGAAGGCAUGGAAGGACUACGAAUCCAAAAUGGCCAGGCUGGAGAAGGAGAGGGAUCGAGCCAGGAUGACAGGAGGAAAUCCUGUGGAGGUGGCCCAGGAUACACAGAGAGAACGACGUAUCUUCCAGCUGCAUAUGUGCGAGUAUCUGCUCAAAGCUGGGGAGAGCCAGGUGAAGCAAGGUCCUGAUUUCCUGCAGAGCCUCAUCAAGUUCUUCCACGCCCAGCACAACUUUUUCCAAGAUGGCUGGAAAGCUGCUCAGAGUCUGUCUCCCUUCAUUGAGAAACUGGCGGCCUCAGUACACACGCUUCGCCAAGCCCAGGAGGAAGAGCUGCAAAAGCUGGCUCAGCUCCGGGACUCUCUCAGGGGGGCACUGCAGCUCGAAAACAGAGAGGAGAGUAUGGGCCGGAAGAACUCGGGCAGCUACAGCAUCCAUCAGCAUCAAGGCAACAAGCAGUUUGGAACGGAGAAGGUGGGCUUUCUAUACAAGAAAAGUGAUGGAAUUCGAAGAGUCUGGCAGAAGAGGAAGUGUGGGGUCAAGUACGGCUGCCUGACCAUCUCACACAGCACGAUAAAUCGACCCCCAGUGAAACUGACUCUCCUGACGUGUCAAGUAAGGCCAAACCCUGAAGAGAAAAAGUGCUUUGACCUAGUGACUCACAACCGAACGUACCACUUCCAGACGGAGGAUGAACAUGAGUGUGAGGCAUGGGUGUCAGUACUGCAGAAUAGCAAGGACGAAGCCUUGAGCAGUGCCUUCCUUGGGGAGCCCAGCAGUGGCCUGGGGCCCUAUGGAGGAGCAGGGCAGGACAGGGAACCCCAGGACCUCACAAAGCUGCUAAUUACUGAGGUGAAGAGCAGGCCCGGGAACAGCCAGUGCUGCGACUGUGGAGCUCCAGACCCCACGUGGCUCAGUACCAACCUGGGCGUGCUCACCUGCAUCCAGUGCUCUGGCGUCCACCGCGAGCUGGGCGUGCGCUUCUCACGCAUUCAGUCCCUCACCUUGGACCUGCUGGGCCCCUCGGAGUUGUUGCUGGCCUUGAACAUCGGCAACACGCACUUCAAUGAGGUUAUGGAGGCUCAGCUACCCUCGCAUGGCAGCCCUAAACCUUCAGCUGAGAGUGGCAUGAGCCCCCGCAGGGAUUAUAUUGUCGCCAAGUAUGUGGAACACAAAUUUGCCCGCCAGUCAAUCUUUGAGCCUCGAAGACUCAGGACAGCUAUUUACAACCGGGACCUCCUAUCAGUACUGGAAGCCUUUGCUAAUGGGCAAGACUUUGGACAGCCACUACCCAGACCGGAGGGACAGGUGCCUGGAGAACUCGCUCUGCACUUGGCCGUCCGAGUCGCCAACCAGGCCUCCCUGCCCCUGGUGGACUUCAUCAUCCAGAAUGGUGGUCACCUGGAUGCCAAGGCCCCUGAUGGAAAUACUGCUGUGCACUAUGCUGCCCUCUACAACCAGCCUGACUGCCUCAAGCUGCUGCUGAAAGGGAGAGCUUCAGUCAGCACAGUGAAUGAAGCAGGAGAAACCGCUCUGGACAUUGCCAGGAAGAAGCAGCACAAGGAAUGUGAAGAGCUGCUAGAGCAGGCCCAGGCUGGGACUCUUACUUUCCCUCUGCACGUGGACUACUGUUGGGGAAUGUCCAUGGAGACUGGCUCUGACAGUGAGGAGGACGAAGAGGAAAAGCACUGUCCUCUGAAGCCCCCAGCCCAGACACGCUGGGGCAGUGGGAGGCUGGACCUCAGCAACAAGACCUAUGAAACUCUUACCAGCCUGGGGUCAGCCACCCCUCAGAGCCAGAAUGACGACUCCCCCCCACCUUUGCCAAUCAAAAACACUUCUCGGACCAUGGUCCAGGGACGAACAGGACAUGCCAGCGGAGAUUGUUUUGAAACCCCCAGCCUGAGCUCAGAAACCCCUGGGGUCCCCGAGAACUUGAGCAGCUCAGCCUCCUCCUCCUCCAGUCUCACAAGCCCUGUGGAGCAUGGAGGUCCCAGCCAAGCCGCUCCCAGCUCUGAGGAGAGCCUCCGGGAGCCCCUGGGAACCACUCGACUCACCCUACCAUCGGGGACCACUUCUGCAGAGAUAUAUCCCCCUGUCAGGUUCAGCUCUGAGAACACUCGUUCCUAUCGACGAGGGGCCCGGAGCGUGGAAGAAAGCCCCUCAGGCCAUCAGCCACUGCCCAGGAGGAACAUGCCGGUUGGCUUCACUGAAGGAGAUGGCUCAAGGCCUGGGGUUCUCCCAGCAAGUUCUGUGCAACUUUUGCAAGACUAA